AUGAUCGACACACACGGAAAACAUGGCACAGACACCAAAGCCCGCUGGGAGGAUGUCGUUGCUCAAAAGAAGAAGUUGCAAGCUGAGGCUCUGGCCAUCAAAAUUGAGUCGCUGCCGUUAAGUAUCGCCGGGAGCAUCACGGCUCUGACCUCGCCAGAUGAAAUUACGUCAAAGAUUCUUAGUGGAGAAUUAACUUCUCACGAGAUCGUCGGGGCAUUUAUACAGAGGGCUCGUGAAGCACAUGAACAGACCAACUGCCCGGGGUUAACAUCGGCGUGUACUCCAAGCCUGACCGAAAUCCUCUUUGAGGAGGCUCUGAAUGAAGCGAAAAAGUUGGACAAGUACUUUUCAGAACAUGGAAAGCUCGUUGGCCCCUUUCAUGGGGUUCCUGUCACCCUAAAGGACCAAUUCGAUGUCAAGGGUCAUGAUUCAACGAUAGGGUAUGUUGGCCGAAGCUUCAAACCGGCUGAGGAAGAUGCAGUCGUUGUAAAGCUCUUGAGGUCAUUUGGUGCGAUUAUCAUUGCAAAGUCAAACCUGCCUCAGAGUAUCAUGUGGUGCGAGACAGAAAACCCGCUCUGGGGGCUCACAACAAAUCCUAGCGAUAAAGAUUAUACACCAGGAGGUUCAACUGGUGGCGAAGGUGUUCUACUGGCUUUGGAUGCCAGCAUGCUCGGGUGGGGGACAGAUAUCGGAGGGAGUAUUCGAAUUCCUUCCCAUAUGAUGGGACUUUAUGGAUUGAAACCCAGUAGUGCUCGACUUCCCUAUCGAGGUGUCCCAGUCUCCACCGAUGGACAGGAGCAUGUGGCUUCAUCUAUUGGUCCUAUGGCUCGUAGUUUGAGUAUGAUUCACGCCGUGACGGAAGCUCUCAUUUCCGCCGAGCCAUCGAAAUUAGACGCUCGAUGCGCGGCCCUUCCAUGGAAAGAAGACACAUUUCAAGAAGUUCAGUCUCGCCCAUUGACUAUCGGCGUUUUGUAUGAUGACGAAGUUGUGCGGCCGCAUCCGCCAGUUGCUCGCGUUUUGCGCACAGUUGCUGAGGCUCUCAAGGCUGCUGGGCAUGAAAUAUUGGAGUGGGAUGCUAAGCUUCACCCUGAAUGUGUGGCAGUUAUGGAUCAAUAUUACACCGCCGAUGGAGGGCAAGAUAUAAGAGACGCUGUGUUAGAAGGAGGCGAGCCAUUCAUCCCUCAUGUAGAGCGUCUUAUUAACUCCGGGGCUCCAAUUUCGGUAUACGACUACUGGGCUCUUAAUCGGAGUAAAGUGGAACUUCAACAAAAAUACAUGGAAAAAUGGGAUAGUAUCAGGUCCCCAAAGACUGGUCGGGUGGCUGAUGUGGUGAUUUUGCCACCCUUGCCGCACACGGCUGUACCUCAUACAGCCUGUCGCUGGGUGGGUUAUACCAAAGUGUGGAACUUUCUAGACUACUCAGCCUUGGUUCUUCCCGCUGGUACUGUAACUCAAGAUGACAUUAGCGAACCUUGGGAAUUCGCCCCUAGGAAUCCCAAGGAUGAAUGGACCGGCAAGCUUUGGCAAGAUCAGAAGCAGAAAAUGGCAGACUUGAGAUUGCCAGUUGGCGUCCAACUGGUUUGUAGAAAGCUUGAAGAGGAGAAGCUUCUUGGUAUCGGCAAGGUUGUCGAUGAAGUGAUUAGAGAAAGUAGAGCGGGUCAUAAAUAA